AUGGUAAUAGCCAAAUCAGCAAAUAGUGAAUGCAUUGACGGCUCGCUUCUCACGGAUGAAAGACCGCAAAGUUUUGGAUAUGAUUUUGAAGUUAAGGGAAACAUCACUUUCACAUAUCGCGGAGCACUAAAGGACGCAUUUAUGGCUCAUCUCUGCUCUCCGUUUCUCUUUAUAAUCAAAGAAUUGGUUAAAAGGACUCAAUUUGCGUCAAGCGAUUCCGAUAUUUGCAGAAUCGGACACAUUAAAAGUCAAUUAUUUUUGACCGACAAUUCGCCGGUCACUGAAACGAUCGGCACAUUUACUCAUAUGAGUCCACAGCUUAAAGUCCAACCACUCAUCUCUAUAAUUGGAUCCAUAUAUCCCUUCACUACUUCUGAUUCUUAUACGACCGCUCUUUACAUAUUUGAUCCAUACAGAUCGGGAACUAAAUUAGAGAAAGAGCUGAUAAACAGAGGUUUUAAUAAUACAGACGAAGACAUAGUUACCGAUGAAAUCAGAUUACUAUCUAAUAAACGAGACAUUUAUAAGAAAAUCAUUGUGAAUAGGAAUCACCUCAUCCAGACAUCAAUUAUUGGUCACAAAUUGUCACACAUUAGUUCCCAGAGCUAUAUCUAUAGUCUCGAAGGACUAUACGAUGUGAUUGAGACGGGAAUACACGAUAAGUUUGUGUCAGUGAUAAUGGAAAGGGCGGCGAAAUUCUUCGCUAAUCCCGACGAAGAGAUGAUCGAUGAAAUUGAUUAUGAAUUUGAUGAAUAUGUGGUCAAAUGGAGACCAGCGCUCGGACCCUAUCUCAUGGCUAUUACUCAAAUCUACGCCAAAGACUCCUUCGACCGCUUCGGCGACGAUUUGGUCCGACUUUUACUGUCAUAUCAUUCAUACGACGAAGAGUUUGACGGCUUUGAGAGCAGAUCCCGACACGAAUGCGUGUCAAAGCAGUUCCAGCGAUGCAUUUAUGACACCAUCUAUGAGUUGGAUAUCGACGACGAUAUGAUUGACAGAUUCAAAGCUCAAGACCCGGUUCUGUCGGCCAAACACUUGUUUUACAAAUUGAUUAAAUUUCUUCAGCGAAAGUGUCCUAAGAUUCAAAUCGUAUGGCAUUUCAAUGAAACUGACGAUUAUUACGGCCGACAGAUAUUGCAAGUGAUGUAUCGGUUGGCCAACGAUUGGCCACAACUUAAAUGUCUUCAAUUUCGCGAUUUGUUGUUAGAAAAACAAGUCUUUCAAAUAUUAUCACCAUUUGGUUCAAUGGUUUCGUAUUUGGUUAUCGAUUCGCCACAAGUGAUCCCAAAUGAAGAAUAUUUCCCAAAUGUGUCUCAAUUAGUGAUCACAACAUUUGAUUUAAUGUUUACCGUAAAUGACAAUCACUUUAUGAGAUUCAAUGGGUUGAAAAAAUUUGAGUUCAUUUGGACUGAAAGUGAAUACAAUUACAAUCGAUUCGCAGUAUUUGUCGAUUACUAUGGAUCUCGUCUUCAGUGCAUUCGAGUGAAUGUGACGGACAUAUCGGACGACUCGAAGCCAAAGAUCUUACAAUUCUUGACACAAUUAUCGCAAUUCCGAGAAUUGAAAGAAUUAGACAUUGAUUUUGACGAUUGUUUCGAGUAUUCACUUCACCAGAAUUUGAAGACAAUUGGUUUAAAUCCAAUCAAAGGACACGGCUUUGAAAGUAGAGAUAAUGAAUUGCAUUCAAUUCAUGCGGCGUUUAAAACGUCUUCAUCUGUGGCUCAAAGUAAACGAUAG